AUGACUACGAGACUAAGAACUUCUCUUUCACUGUUCCUCUUCGCUGUUUCAGCUAGUGGUUCACUUGCUUUUGCUCCAUCCAUCAAUAAUGCUCCUCAGUUUGUUCGCCAAGAAUCUAAAUCAUCAUGCUUGUACAUUAGCCCCCUUGCGUCCAAGGAUUACUUGACGGAGGAUGGUGGUGUCCAAAAGGAGAUUCUCUUUGAGGGAAAGGGGGGGAUUCCAGCAAAAGGCACCAGCGUAAUUAUGAGCUAUGCGGGUAGUCUGGCACCCAACAACUGGUCUUCACAAGAAGUGGUAGAUUGUUGGUUGAGCGAACAACAAGGAUUGGAUCAUUUGAAGGAUGCCUUUCUCGACAGUGAAAUUGAUGAAGCCAAAUUGACAAAUCCGGACGAGUUUACCGAGGACUUUGUGACCAAUACACUAGAUGUUCAAGCCAAGAUUCAAUGCAAAAAGCUUGUCUUGGCGGCCAAACGAUUGGCGUCGAAUCGUGGGGAACUGCCGUAUGGGCACAUGUUUGAUUCCAAUCCCGAAUACUCGUAUAAAUUGGGAUCCAACAAGCUCAUCAAGGGCAUGGAAAUUGGAUUGGCUACCAUGAAGCCUGGCGAGUGGUCCGUCAUCUCGAUUCGUUCGGAUUAUGGGUACGGAUCGGAAGGCUAUCGCAAAGCCAAUGGAGACGUCAUUGUUCCACCUUUUGCUACUUUGAAUUUUGAAGUCCAAUUGUAUCCAGAAGGAAUUACAGAUUUGAAGGGGCUGGAAGAAUACUUGGGAGGUGGCGACGAGGCUUUUGACAUUGAUAUUAAUGAUGUAUAG